CCUCCUCUUCCUUGUUUUGUAAACGAUCAGGCCACGGAAUUAAAAACCCCCCGUAGACUGUUGGUCUCCACCGUCAACAAUAAACCAGUUAGACUUGCUGUCUGAUAUAAAACUAAAGACAUGACAGCCAAACGUGGCCUCAUCACAGAUACAUUCAAGGCAGUGAAGAAAGAGAAAAGAGGUGACAGAAGAGGUGACAGGGAUAAGAAACCUCCAUCACCCCCAGCUGCAGCUGCAGAACCUCCUUGCCCAAGUGAGAGAGAGAUCGAUUUGCAGGAGCUCAGGAAGUUUGAUUUGGAUUGGCAGUUCGGCCCAUGUACAGGGAUCAGUCGCAUGCAGAGGUGGGAGAGGGCAGCUCUACAUGGCCUGAACCCCCCACAGGAGAUUAAGGACAUACUGCUGAAGGAGAGUACAGACCCAGACUACACACACAGUCUCUGGCGUGACUACCCCUUGUGAAGAAACAUUGGUGAAGAAAUCGAGACAGCUAGAGAAAUGAGACACCAGUGACAAGGAAUGAUUAUCAUGGUUACUUUGAUUGUUCAUGUUUGAAUGUUCCAGUUUUUUGUUUUUUUUAUCUUGCUCAUUUUUACACUACAUUUUUAUAAAGUGGAAAUUUAUUAAACACUG